AGACAUACCAAUAUCAUACCAAGACAUAACGACAGACAUGCAAAAAGCGAACCUAUCACACCGGUUUUACGACAGGAACCCGGAUCGCACCUUGAACCUUACGAUAAAAAAGGAGAGAUCUCAUGCAAAUCACGUGCAACUAGUUACCUUGCUCAAAAACUAGUAACCCAGGCAAAAGCGAAAAAAAACCUGCCAUUGGCGCCCAACGUGGAUAGUAAAAAUCUAUCCCCGAACAACGUGUUGAAUAAAACAACACUUACCCCUGAAAUCAAAACAAGUCAAACCCCUAACAACCAAUUACACGUCAAUAAUAAUAUGAUAUUGGAAAAAACUGUUGAACCUAAUACCUCAAAGAAAAAGAAAGUAAAACCGCCCUUAGAAAGAAAACCUAAACAAGAAUUUUCAAAAGAAAAUAUAAAACAAAAUGAGUCAACUGAGAAAUGG